GGCAAAGGCUGGUUGGGGUGACUGCUUGGGCGGGUGGGAUUGAGGUGGAGGAAACCAAUCCUGUCUGUCCUGGGCAGUGUAGAGGCACAAGGCAAAUGUGUAUGUGUGUGUGUGUGUGUGUAUGUAAGAGAAAGAGAGAGGCUCUGAGACCGUUUAUCUGGUCUCGUUUCACUAUCAUUCCCACCAUUUGCAAUUUCCUCCCAGUCCACGAGAUCCGAGUACAGAAGUCAGACAUGUUCAGGCUCUACGAAGUGGACCACGAUGCAGACACGUUGCUUAUUGUCCGCCCCUUGUCAGAGGUGACCAAGAACUCUGAAUUGGUAGUCAACGGACAUGGGGAUAGCAGGCUGGUCAAUGGUGUCUCCGAGCCGCAUAUCAACAACGGCCAACACUUCAGCACAGAGCUCCGGAUCAAGGUCUCUUCCAAGCAUCUGAUUCUUGCCUCCCGCCAUCUUUCCAACAAACUUCGACACACUCCAGCCGUCCAGUCGGAUGGAAGAAUACACAUUCAUCUGGAUGAUGUCGACCCGGUUGCAGCGACCGUGGUGAUGAACAUCAUCCAUUGCCGAGGCCAGAAGGUCCCACGCACCGUCGCUCUCCAGACCCUCGCCGAUAUCGCCGUUUUCGUGGACCGAUACCGAUGCUUCGAUGCCGUCGAGGCCCAUGGUGACAGGUGGAUCAGGGGCUUAGAACAUAACCUAGUAGAGGCGCCAGUGGGUAAGGCGCUGAUGCAGUGGAUUUAUAUUUCCUACGUCUUUCGGCAACCCUCACUGUUCAGGCGCGUUACUGGAAUCGCCGUGGCGCAAAACACUGAAAUUGUUGGAACCUAUGGCUUGCCAAUUCGCCAGAAGAUCAUUGAAGGUAUCCAUAAACAGAGACAGCAACUACUGAUACAGGCAGUAGGCGCUGUAAAUGAUGCGCUGGGUUGUAGCGCGGCGGUUUCUGUUUGCUCUCUUGGCUGCGACAACUUUCUCCGCAGCGCCCUCCAAGCCUCUCUCGACCGUUCUGGUAUACCGUGGCCCCUCAACGCUGCCAUUGACGGUGUCGGGGUUGGGGCCCUAAUCGAGGCCUCUCAGGAGGUUGAGAAAAUGCACCAAAACUGGCACUCCAACAUCGGUCCUGUCUUCGCUAAGCCACUGUAUUCAAGCAAACCGAGCAAGCCAGGAACGCAUAGUACCGACUCAGAGCAUCACAAAGCCACCCUUGUUCGGCAGCCGCAAUGUAUCGAGAGGUUGAGGCUGACGGAGCAUUUGAGGAAAAUCGAACGGGAAGCCGGAGGGCUGGAGCUGGAGAGUAGCCUCGGGUACACCUUGUACUGAUGUAUACAUAUAUAUAUAUAUAGAGAGAGAGAGAGAGAGAGAGAGAGAGAGAGAAAGA